AUGAAGAUAAAAUCUCUCUUAGCUUUGGUUGGAGGUAUUGUAACAACAGUGUGGUCCCUCCCAUCCGAGCCUUUAAGGGUGUUACAAUUGAGUGAAAAUGAAAUGAUAGAAGUUCCUGAAUCAGAAAAACUGAACCUCCGUAGAAGAGGUGUCAAGUUUUUUGAUGUGACCAAGCAUGUUUCUUCUUUAUCUUUUUUUAACAAAGAACAGGAGCCGGAAGUCCCAGUAUAUGCAUAUCCCACUGAUAUAUCAAAUAAAGGAAUCGUGGAUGACUUAAUUUCCAAUAUUGACAAGGAUUCCAUGUACAAGAACUUGGCAAAGUUCACGAGUUUUUAUACUCGUUAUUACAAAUCCGAAUAUGGGUUUGAAUCAGCCAAUUGGUUAGCUGCCACUAUCGUUAACAUUACGGAAGGUGUUUCACAGGAUAUCUUAACUAUCGAUCAUUUUGACCAUGUUGAGUGGAAGCAAUAUUCCAUUAUCGUUCGGAUUUUGGGACUCACAAAUCCAGAAGAUGUCAUAGUGGUCGGUUCUCAUCAAGAUUCGAUCAAUUUAUUAUUACCAUCUAUAAUGGCAGCUCCUGGCGCAGAUGACAAUGGGUCAGGUACGAUAACCAACUUAGAGGCCUUGAGGUUAUAUGUAGAAAAAUAUUUGAAGGUGGGCCACAGACCUAAUAAUACUGUUGAGUUCCAUUUCUAUUCUGCUGAAGAGGGUGGGUUACUGGGUUCUCUUGAUGUUUUCACCGAAUACGCCAAGCAGGGAAAACAAGUGAGAGCAAUGCUACAACAAGACAUGACAGGAUAUGUGUCUAAUCCAAAAGAUGAACAUGUGGGCAUCGUGACCGAUUACACUACCCCCGCGUUGACCGAUUUUAUAAAAUUAAUCAUUGAUUCUUACCUGUCCAUUCCUUACAGGGACACAGAAUGUGGUUAUGCUUGUAGUGACCAUGGCAGUGCCACCAGGAAUGGGUUUCCAGGCUCCUUUGUAAUUGAAAGUGAAUUCAAAAAAACCAACAAAUAUAUCCACAGUACUAUGGAUACUUUAGAUAGAUUAAGUUUCGAUCAUAUGGCCGAGCACACAAAAAUUGUUUUGGGAACCAUCAUUGAGCUCGGGUUUUGGUCUACCUGGUAA